GCCCGCCACCGGGGAGAGCACCCCAGAAGAAGAGCCGUGGUGGUGGGUAGUUAAAGCAGCAAAACAGCACGCAGACCUAAAAUAAAUUCAAACACUGACGUGGUCAUUUUAAAGUAAAACAACCGUUUUGAGUAUCAACAGUGACGUAUUGCAGCGUGACAGAGCCCUUGCUUUGAGAAUUCUGCUGGCUUCCAAUCGUUCUCAACGGGAACAAGUUGGAGCCAAGAGAGUAAUCAAUUCAUGACUUCCCUGGAUGUAAAGUGUCACCAGAAUACUGCAGACCUCAUACACAUGAGUGCUGUUUUCUUCUCGAGCUGGGCCCAGCGCCAUGCCUGAUCGGGACGGCUCCUACCUGUCAGGUGGUGGUGUGAGUAGUGGGAAUCUGAGCGAGGAGGUAGGACCGGGCUCUGCUUGUGCUGCAGAGGGUAGAGGAGGUUCAGGAGGGGGUGUUGGUGGCAUGGGAGGAGGAGGGGUGCUAGGCAACGGAAACAGUUGUGGCAACGGUGGCGGCGCCGUGCAAGGCGCUGGACUGACACCGGACGGCGUCUGCAGGGAUUUCAUACGCAAUGUCUGCAAGAGAGGGAAGCGCUGUCGCUUCAAGCAUCCCGAUUUUAAUGAGGUACCGGACUUGGGGGUGCAAAAGAAUGAAUUUAUCUUCUGCCAUGAUUACCAGAAUAAAGAGUGCUUGCGCUCCAACUGUCGCUUUGUACAUGGAACUAAAGAGGAUGAGGACUGUUAUAAGAAAAGUGGAGAGCUGCCGCUUGAACUCCGAGGAAAGGUUGCGGCACGGCUUGGCCUCUCACCAACAGAUCUGCCGCACAGCAGAGGGGAGGUCCCAAUUUGCAGAGACUUCUUGAAGGGAGAGUGCCAGAGGGGCAAUAAGUGUAAAUUUCGCCAUGUCAAAAAAGACUAUGAAUAUGAACCUGCCAGGGUGGGAGGGGGUGGUGUGAUCGGGCCUGGUGCAGGCACAAUGGUGAAUGCAGGAAGUGGCGUGGGUGGUGGAGGAGGUGCAGGGGGAACCUGCGGGGGGAUUCCGGGACUUGUAGGAGGUGUGGGUGGCAAUAAUAUCAUGGGGAUAGGCUGCCCAAGCUUGGGUGGUUGCAGAGAUCCAAGCCUGGCUGGAGUCGGGAGCGUUGGUGCCGGAGGAAUCAGCGGCUGUCUGGCAAUCGGCCCCACGGGACAGAGGCGGUUCGACAGGAGCUCGCUGUCGGUGUACGACCCCUUGCUUGAGAGCGGCCUCUUUGAUUCCACAGCGUUGGACAGCUCACUAGAGCACACCGCUCUUCAGAUCAAGAGGCGCCGGCUGGAAAGCCUGCGACUGGCAGACGGGAAUGUCGGUGGACACUAUGACCUCGGAGUCCAGGCCGCUUUGCCCACGCGGCCUCUGGAGUACAGGUUCUUGGAGGAGGAAAACAACCUGCUGAGGAAGAGAGUGGCUGAGUUGAAGAAACAGGUUUCCAACCUUAUUGCCACAAAUGAGGUUCUCCUUGAGCAGAAUGCCCAAUUCCGAAGUCAGGCUAAAGUGAUGACGCUGUCCUCCACGCCUGCCCCCGCUGAGCAGACUCUGGCAGCCCCCGUGGGCGCGGUCAGCUCCUACAAUCACAGCAUCGCCCAGACUCACACCACGCUGAGCAGCACCGGGUUGCAGCCUCGACCCGUCACCCAGCAGGACCUGGUGGCGCCCACCGGCGCUCCCGCAGCACCCCCCACGAACGCCGCACCCCCGACGGCGCCGCCUCCUCACCUGAACCCAGAAAUCACCCCGCUGUCGGCCGCUCUGGCGCAGACCAUCGCCCAAGGGAUGGCGCCUCCGGUUUCUAUGGCGCCGGUGGCCGUGUCCGUGGCUCCGGUGGCCGUGUCCAUGACGCAGCCUCUGCCGGGCAUCACCAUGAGCCACGCCACGACGCCCAUGGUGUCGUACCCAAUCGCCAGUCAGAGCAUGAGGAUAACCACUCUUCCUCAUAUUACCUGAUAAUUGGUCAAAACAUGGCCCGUAGCUUCCUCUAAGGGGAUUUUAAAACGGACUCUAUUGGUGCCGCAUUGAUAACAAAAAAAAACUAUAUAACAAUACAAGAACAGGACUUGAUUUAAAGUAAAUUAUUUUGAGAAUACAUUUGAAACAAUACAUGUACUAAAUUGGCUCAUCAUUUUGCGUUUGUUCAGUUGGUUUGAUCAUUGGCCCCCAAUGAGGAUUAAGGCAGUUUCCUCCGGUGGCUGCUGGUCUUUGUCAGUUAAAAAAAAAAAAAAAUCUAUUCUUGGGGAUGAAGAAAAAACAUUGUUUCUUAUUCCAACUUUAUUUUUUUAUUCAAUGUUUUUUUCGUGUGUUAUUGUGGUAAAGAUUUUUUUUCCUUGUAAUUCUGCUUUUUAAAUGUCCCUUCAGUGAUGUGAUUCCCCUCGAGAGGGCAGCGUAGACACUUCUGCGCCCUUAUUUCGAAGCUUUAUCAGUGACUGAAUAAAAAUGCGCUUUGAUCAUUUUGA